AUGGACCACCUCCCACAGGAAAUCUACGACGAGAUUGUGUCCAUUUUGGCAGCGGAGCCGACGGCGCAGCUCGCCAGUUAUGCGACCAUCUCGCGGCCAUGGCAGAUGGCUGUUGAGAAACAGACCUGCCGCUACUUCAUCCUCUCCAGUGACCAGAUAGAUGAAUUCGAUUCCUUCUUCGCGACGCGUCACCGCCGUCGCUUUAUCCGCACGAUCUACUACAAGGUUCGGCUGCCCAGCUAUAAUUACCUGCAGCUGCGGCGCCGCUACGAGGGCGAGCCCGAUCGUCGCGCCCAUGACCAGGCCUUCACUGCCGCCAUCCAGCAUCUGUUCCAAUCGCUGAGCUCCUGGGACCCGGUGGUCGAUUCCUCGCUCAACUUGAAAAUCACCGAGUUGAUGUCUCCUUCGGACAACGAGCUCCCGGAGUACUCUGGGAUGGAUCCCGAUGAUGUCUCUGAGUCCUUCUUCGAAAGCGAUUUGGGUGACCAGCGCUACCUCUAUUCGUACAUUCAACUCCUGGCAUCCGAUGAUCUGCCACAAGUGCCUGUUGUUGAAAGCCUCUUGGUCACCCAGUUUCGCCGGAAGGUUGCCCAUUGCGUUCCCCUUCAGAUUGCUGCCAAGCUCCCUAACCUGCGAUCGGCUACCCUCCUCGUGGAUGAUAUGGAAGACCGGUAUCCUCUGCUGCGGGCCGAGAAUCGGGAGGCCAUAACAACUUGGGUCCAGCAGACCAUCCCGACUGCGACUGAGCUGCGUGAUUUUGGCCUCUUUCUCAACCGAGAAGAGGAUUCCUUUGCAGCCAGGCUGCCCAACGGAAUGGUCGAUCACUUGUGCAGCUCAAUUCGAGAAUCGACAGCGCAUCUCCCCCACCUCAAGUCACUGGCUUUCUGUGGCACAAUUGACAAGUCGCUAUUUUGGCCUGGCCCAAGCCGUUCCUUGGUUGCUCCCUUCUGGCAAAAUCUGCAAACGCUCGAGGUCGACUUUUACGCCUCUAGGUCCUCGAAUGGUUGGUAUUUCAGCGGCUUGAGAACAAGCCCGGAAGUCUUGGACGGAACUCCGGAAUUGAUUGCCGCGUCUAGCUCCAUGCCCCCUGGAUAUGCCGAUGAUGGCGAGCCCCCACCAGAAGUCGAAGAGGAGCUUGAUUUCGACCGGUUCAUGGAGUAUGCAGUGCCUCAUUGCGAAGACACACCGACGCCGGACGACAAUCUAAUUGAGCCAUUGUUGCAGGCGUUUGGAAAGGCGUGUCUGCAGAUGCCCAAUCUCAAAAAGGCUCAUUUGGUGACAUCAAUCGUCGUCAAGGAUCGCCCCCCGGAGAUCUACAACGCCUGUCAAGCAGACUGGGGCGUUUGGUAUAUUGCCCCUCAUCAGGCGCUGUCCCAGACAGCAAGAGCCGUCACCAGUCUUACUAGAGGAACGUCAGUGCAUCGAAGGGUGAUCUGGGAUGUUGGUGAUUGGAGGCCCAGCGAGCCUCUUAGAGCUCUGUUCAACAGGAUCGGCCAGGAGAAACAUGGCGGCAUCAUGCUUGAGAGGUACGUUGAUACCUGGAACACUAUCCUCAAGCCUCGAUUGAUUGAAGCGGCCCGUCGCGAGGCUGCCGACUAUCUGGGGAGGAAUUUUCUCGACGACGAGUACAUGGAGUUCAUGUACGACCAACACUGGGAUCCUGAAAAUCCAUACUUUAUGGACGUUCUUGACGAGGAAAUGUAUCUCUAUGAUGUUGAUCAGAUGUCUGAAUGGGAUAUGGAUGAUGAAUUUAUGACUAAUGACCCUGAUGCCUUCUGGGAUGAUCUUAUGGAGGCCAACAAUGGAUCUUUUCCCCAUGAAUAG